AUGCAGUUUCUUUCGCCGGCCGCAGUCGCUCCCAAUGAGCUCCUACAAGAUUCUGUAUUUCCAACCUGGAAAGAUGAUGCGGGUCCCGAGAUCUUGGAUUCGGCAGAAGACAUGCAGAAGAAGGAUCCUUUGGGAACACAGAUAUGGAAAUUAUACAGUAAAACAAAGACUCGACUGCCGAACCAGGAACGAAUGGAGAAUCUAACGUGGCGGAUGAUGGCUAUGAACCUCAAGCGGCGUGAAAGAGAACAAGCAGCAUUAGCUGCUAUGAAGAUUACGCCUGCGAAAGUGCCUUCCGGACCGAGUGGAAUCGCACAGCAGCUUCGCAAAUCAGUUGACCAGAACGCCGAGAUGCAGGGCGAUACCAUGAACCUCGACGAUUUUAUUGUCCCGAGCUCUGUUGCUUCACCAGCUGGACUUAUGUCCGAAGCUCCUCUUGAGGAGUUCCCGAGUAUUGCACAAUCUAAUCAGAUUUCUAUCGCGAGCAAAAGCAAAACACAAUCCCAAGCAAACGGGGGCUUACCCGCUGCUUCUGUUCCUAAGAACCUGCCCAUCAAGGCCCGUUCAGGGGAGUUUGACUACGUGCAACGGAGGGUACGAAAGACGAGUAUAGAUGAACGAAGUAAUCGAAAACGACGAGCAGAAUUCUCUCCUCAAGUUCCUCCAACACAUCAGAUCAACGACGAUUCUGCCAUCAAAGUGCCCGACUACUCUCUCGAUCACAUGCCAAGCAACAACUUUCAGCAUCCUGGACAGAUUCAUGGACCUAUGUCGUUAACAUUGGAUACAUACGAUAUGCACGAAGACCCUAUUCUUACGUCGGCAGGCCCAUACAGCACACAAUUUACCUUCUCUCCUGGUGCUUCACCACUAGUAGCCCAUGGACCUUUCUCCGCUCACUUCAAUCAGCAGUCUCUAGCAUCAUCUUUGAACUCAGGUACCGAGUACUACUCUCCACCUCAUUCAGGUUAUCCCUCAGCUGUAUCGACUCCACAACCCAUGCAGGCGAACGAUCAACAGCCUUAUUAUUUCGGAGACUUAGGACUCGAUCUCCGCCAUCAGCGAGGCAUACCUGUGAUGCAAAGAGGACCAGAAGCACUCAUGCCUGGAAUGAAUGCCUUUAGUUUUGGUAGCAAUCAACAUAGCAACGAACACCUCUAUGGUUCACUUACAGCCCAACCUAUGAAUAGUUACCAUAUGCAAAACCAACAUGUCGAACCGCAUCGUGUACUAGACCCUACUUAUGGCAGACGUGUCUCUCCUGGCUUCUCGAUGGGUCCUCAGGACAACAUGUUCCACUUCGGUGCUGAUUCAGACAAUGAAGACGACGACAACAAUAUUCUUAUCCAGAACUAUAACGACACGAUCAGUGACCCAACAUUGGAUCUGAAUUCCAGUCUGCAAUGGGAUCCAAGCAUGACUGAUUUGCAAAACCUGCAAAAACUGCCACACCAGCAGAAGUCAGUGAGGAUAGGAGGUGCUGAGAUGUUGGGUCCGAAUGACUGGACGUCAAGUAGCCUGCAUGGCCAUGGAUCUUCAGUGUCGGUCAGUGACAUGCAACAUCGAGGCGAAGACCUGCGCCGCGGAAAGGUGCCUAGGACUACCUCAACACCUGCAUUGGCGACCCAAAAUAUAGGUGCAUCUGCCGCGACCUCUCCCAUUGCGUCAGGGUUCUCUAGUAGAGCGCCCUCGAGGCCUGGCAGCCCUGGGCCAAAGGGUCAAGAUGCCAAUGGUGUACCUACCACCUGCACAAACUGUUUUACACAGACAACACCACUCUGGAGACGAAAUCCGGAAGGUCAUCCACUCUGCAAUGCUUGUGGUCUAUUCUUGAAACUACAUGGUGUCGUGAGGCCACUAUCGCUGAAGACGGAUGUGAUCAAGAAACGCAACCGAGGUAGCGGGAGCGCUGUCAAUAUCGGUGGCACAUCUACUCGUGGCUCAAAGAAAAGUUCAAGGAAGAACUCUAUACAGCCGACACCAGCUUCGACACCCAAUUCUGGUAAUUCCUUGACGGAAAACCUUACAAAUUCACCUGGAUCCGUUCACGGUUCUGCAGGUUCUGGCUCGGUGGUUACCACACCGACCAGUAUAACCGCUGGCAAUACGACUGGUGGCAAACCGGGAGUGGUACCAAUUGCAGCAGCACCACCUAAACAACCAAUACAACCUGCCCCUGCUUCUGGGAGAACAGUUCAGAUCACUCCCAAACGCCAAAGGAGACAAUCACGAGCAUCAACAACACACCUGCCUACUCUGUUUGCAAAUCAAGUGCAAGGCGACCAGGAAAUGCGGGAUGCUGACGCCACCCCUCGAAACAGUAACCAACCCGUCACUCGAGCAAGAACUAAUAGCUCAUUGAAUGGCGCGACUACCAUGACCUCCCUCAUGCAAAGUGGAUCAGGUCUGCAACAAAAGCCUACGAACAUGUCUUCGAAUAGUACCCAAGAAUGGGAAUGGCUUACAAUGAGCUUGUGA